AUGGCUACCAGUGAUGUUGGAGAUUUUACGGAGGUAGCAACGACAAUUGGCACGGACACGAUGGACGUUGUGGAGGUUCUGCAUUUGUCGGAAUCCAGCGAUGAACCGUUACUCCCAGAAACGCGAUACAUCUUCAAAGCUGUGGCAGUGACCCUGGUCGACAUUUGUAUCUCCGUGGCCACCAGUCUGCAGCUUGCGAAUGCGACAGAUACUUACACUGCAGCAGCAGCCAUUCCUGGACCACCCCCGAGCCCGUACUUCUUGCAAACCACGGGCGGAAUGAUAACGAUGAGCCUGGCCAAGUCCCUGAACAUGCAAGGGGCGACACUUACUGGGUUUCUAGUGACGACUACGGAUGCUACUGGGAGUUCUGUGACGAACAGUAUUGCAGCUGAUGGCGCCGUGACGUACAAUGCAACACCUCUGCAAGCGAGCUCAAGCUACGAGGUCUCAGCUGCCGUUGUAACGAAUUUGGGGACUUCUCUGUUCAGUUCCUCGAUAACUAUGAGCACAACUGCCCCCUCAACCCCGACUGCGCCUCGCAAUAUUACGAUAGUGAACAUCACUGGGAGCUCUGCGGUGGCAGAGUGGUCAUUGCCGCUCGACAGCGGUGGUGUCGACCUCACAGGUUAUUCCGUCAUUUUGAUAUCCCUCGGAAGUCAAGAGGAACGGCCCGCAUUAGCGUCUCCGGCGCUUCUCAAAGAUCUGGCCGCGAACACGGUGUACACUGUGAAAAUGACCGCAACCAACGCAGCAGGGAAGAAAAGUCUGAAGAGUGAAUCAGUGGCUACUUCAUUCAAAACCCGGUCUUUGACCAUUCCCAGCGUACCUUUGGACGUAUCCUCGAUAUUUGCGUCGGGUGGAGCCAUUGAAGUGUCGUGGAACCCACCAGCAGAUCGAGGAGGUGAACGUUUGUCCUCCAUGACAUACAACACCAGCGUUUACUCCGUCACUCCGUGCUUCGACACGCGGGUCGAUGUAUUGAGCCCGUGCUCGAGGUGUAACUCGGUCAAGCUUCUCGCAGUUCAGCAGUAUCAACUCAUCGCGGAUACAACCAUGUGUGAAUCUCCAUCGUCUGAUGUAGUGUGCCCCGACGGUACACAAGAUUGCUGUCUCACUCGUGCAGACACCGAGUACGGAUUCGGACUUACUUGUGGGCGCAUGGGGCCGGCCAGAAAACCGCGAGUUGUGGUGGGUACAACAUCAGCAGUUUUCAAUGGACUUAACUCCUCGUCAACAUAUUACUUUGGCGUCCAAGCAAUUAAUGGUGCUGGAAGGAGCUCAACCUCUUUGCUUCAGGGUCUUCAAACGACGUGA